GCCCGCACCCUUGGUACAACCUCAAGGUAAUGGCUCUCAAGCCUGGCGAUCCCGGAUACAUGGAGGAAGACGUCAGCCCUAUGUUAUACUCUAUUACGUUUUCCUGUCUUGGAUUUGCGCUCUUAAUAGUCAUCCUCCGACUCUUCAGUCGCUUGUAUCUCUUGAAGACUACGCGCUUAAACUUAGCAGAAUGGCUUGUCGUUGUAUCAUCAUUUGUGGAUAUUACAUCAUGUGUGUUAAUUCAUUUUCAAAUCGUGACUGGUAUGGGUAAGCAUAUCGAGUACUCGCGCGAAAGACCAAAGAUGUUGCAAGCGAGCAUGAAGGUUGGAUUAGCACAAAACUCUGUGUAUCAGGCACUUGUCGGGUUGAUCAAAGCCAGCAUGCUCGCUCAAUUGCACCUACUUGCCGCGCCUGGAAUGCAAAAAAAGAUCGUAUUUUGGACUGGCUGUUUAGUAUGUAUCUUUACAAUCUUCACAACCUUUUCUGCAAUUUUCCAGUGUAUACCAAUGAGCGCUGCCUGGAAUCUUGAUACAUUCCCACGUGGCUGCUGGAAUAUGAUGGCCAUGAACUUCUUUACAUCAACAAUCAACACAAUCUUUGACUUUAUUAUCUUCUUUCUACCUCUGCCAACCCUCUUCGAUCUCAAAAUGGAGCGGAAGAAAAAAGUUUCGUUAAUCUUUACCUACUGCGUAGGAUCUCUUGCUAUCGCAUGCUCCAUCAUUCGAUUGCGUAACAUGAUCUACUUUCGAGGAGUCGGAGAUUUCACUUACCAAGCUUCUAUGGUACCCGUGUGGGGUGCUAUUGAGUGCAAUGCUGGGAUAAUUUGUGGAUCUUUUCCAUAUAUUAUGCCACUCAUCAAGCGUAUGAGCGGCAGUAUCAUUGAAAGCGUCAGUAUGUCACGUGUCAAUCCGACCUCAAAUCAGCAAUAUGAGGGACAGCACUCAAAACAAUUGAGCUGGCCAUUGCAAUCAAAACGCCAAUCUCGAUGGCACCAGAUGGGCUCAGAAUCGAUCGAAGCGAUUACGGAGAACAAUGGAUGGAAGGAAUUGGACAACGUCAAGAAGAGUUCGCAUCGCGAUGAGCAUUCUGUACCUAUUGUGCAUAGUCCACGUGUGCCGACCCUACCGCAUGAUACUGUGUAAUAUAAUUGGUUAAUCUCAUAGAUACUGACCACGAGUACACUGUUGUCUUUGGACUUGAG